AUGGACGGGCGCGCGGCCCCUUCAGGGGCCGUCAGCAGCAGCAGCAGCAGCAGCAGCAGCAGCAGCAGCAGCAGCAGCGGGGCGUCUGGGUUCUCGUUUUUCAGCCACUUUUCUCCUUUUUCGCAGCAGCAGCGGCAAGCAGCUCACGAAGUGCUGCCGGGUUUGUUCUUGGGUUCUGCUGUUGCUGCUCGAAGUGCUGCUUGGCUGCAGCAGCAGGGAAUAACUCACGUGCUGUGUCUGCACAACGCAGCAGCAGGGCCGGAGUUGCUGCUGCAGCAGCUGCAGCAGCAGCUGCAGCAGCGGCGGGAGAUCCUGCAGUGCUGCGCGGAGAAGGAGCCGGGGCGGGCGCAGCGGGAGCAGCAGCUGCAGCAGCAGCUGCAGCAGCUGCAGCAGCAGCAACUCGCGCAGCACCUGGCCGUACACCCCGACCGCUGCGUCUACUGCUGCUGCCACGCUGUAGAUACACCGCAGCAACUCGUGCUGCCGCUGCUGCCCUUUUGUUUGGAGUUUAUAGACAGAGCUUUGGCCGACAGAAGCUACAGAUACCACCCCCCGAGUCAGCAGCAGCUAGCAGCAGCAGCAGCAGCAGCAGCAGCAGGAGCGCCGCCCCACACUGUCCGCCUGCUGCAGAGCCGCAGGCGCAACCACUGCUUCAUAGAAAAGGCCUCAGUCGCCAGCGCCUUCGACUUCCCCCAAGACGCCUUCUCCCACCCUGCUGCUGCUGCUGCUGCUGCUGCUGCUGCUGCUGCUGCUGCUGAGGCCGCCCCCGCUGCAGCAGCAGCAGCAGCAGCAGCAGCAGCAGCGGGGCGGAAGGCAGCAGGCGGCCGCGUGCUGGUCCACUGCGCCAAAGGCAUCAGCCGCAGCGCAUGCAUCAUUUUGGCUUAUUUGCUUUUUCGAAAAAGCCUGCGGGCGUUUGUCGCCUCCUGCAGCUACGAAUUGACGGAGGAGAGUUUGGCGGAACUUGUGACGGCGCGGAUAGUGAAGGAGUGCGAGGGGCUGCAGGCCCAAGUGUCUCUUUUGUACAAGAAGGCCCCGCUGCUGCAGCAAAGGGCCAUUUGGAGACCCUUUGGCCUUUUCUUCGAAAACCUCCGUUCUUACCAGCUGCUGCAGCAGGAACAAGUCCUCAAACUUGCGGAAGAAAGCGCCCAAAAGGCAGCAGAACUCAAGUUGGUGUUUGCUGCUACGCUGCCUGGGGUGUCCAUGGCUGACAAAGUGGCUGACGAGAUCAAGGCCUGGGUGGCCGACUGCAGAGCAGCAGCAGCAGCAGCAGCGGCAGCAGCAGCAGCAGCUGCUGCUGCUGCUGAGGCGAAGGCCAAGGAAAAAGAGAAAGGGACACAAAACGAAGGGGACAAGGAGACACCUAGAAACAGCCGCAGAGGCAGCAGCAGCAGCAGAAGAAGCAGAAGCAGGAGCCGCAGCAGCGGGAAAAACCACACAGGGACCCUAUCUAACAGCAGCAGCAGCAGCAGCAGCAGCAGCAGCAGCAGCAGGAACGGGCUGCCAGGGCCUCGGGGGGCCCUGCUGGCGCUGCGCCCAGGGUCUUUCAGCAAGCGGCGCCGCAGCAGCAGCAGCAGCAGCCGCAGCAGCAGCAGCAGCAGCCGCGGCAGAGGGCGGCAUCGCGAGAAGCAGCUGGCUAGGGACAGAAACCGAGACCGCAGCAGCAGCAACAGCAGCAGCAGCAGCAGCAGGGAAAAGAAGAAAAAGAAAAAAGAAAAAAAGAAAAACAAAAAGAAACAAAAAAGUCUUCGCCUCAGACUCAAGACACCAAAACCCAAACCUCCAAAGCGGUACAGCAGCGACACCGAAUAA